AUGGCAGAAGCCAGUAUUUUAUGGGAUCAGGAUCAGUUCAUCUGUUCAAUCUGUCAGGAUUUACUGAAGGAUCCAGUGACCAUUCCCUGUGGACACAGUUACUGUAUGAGCUGUAUUACAGACUGCUGGGAUCAGAAGAGAAACUACAGCUGCCCUCAGUGCAGACAGACCUUCAAUACAAGACCUGAUUUAUAUAAAAACACCAUGCUGGCUGAAGUGGUGGAGAAACUGACUGAUCGAUCUGCUGUCAGUUCUGCUGGACCUGAAGAUGUGAAGUGUGACGUCUGUACUGAAAGAAAAUACAAAGCUAUCAAGUCCUGUCUGGUGUGUCUGAACUCUUACUGCCAAACUCACUUUGAACAACAUGAAGCUUUUCACACAGGAAAGAGACACAAAGUGAUUGAUGUGACAGGAAGACUUCAGGAGAUGAUCUGCCCAAAACAUCAUAAACAACUGGAAAUCUACUGCCGUACUGACCAACAAUGUGUUUGUUAUCUUUGUAUGAUGGAUGAACAUAAAGGUCAUGACACAGUUCUGGUUGAAGUCGAGGGAACUGAGAAACAGAGACUACUGGGGAACAACCAGAGAAAACUCCAGGAGAAAGAGAAGGAAUAUCAGGAUCUAAGUGAGGCUGUGAAGAUUCACAAGCGCUCUGCACAGACAGCAGUGGACGACACUGAGAGGAUCUUUACUCAACUGAUCCGAUCCAUUGAGAGAAGACGAUCUGAGGUGACACAGCUGAUCAGAGAUCAGGAAAAGACUGCAGUGAGUGAAGCUGAAGGACUCUUGAAGCGACUGGAGCAGGAGAUUAAUGAUCUGAGGAGGACAAAUGAUGAGAUGGAGAAACUUUCACAAACAAAAGAUCACAUCAGUUUCCUUCAGAGUUUUCAGUCUCUCUCUUCAUCUCCUGGAUCUUCAGACAACAUCAUUGUAUCUUCUCUUCUCUCUUUUGAUGAUGUGAUGAAAUCUGUCACUAAACUGAAAGAAAAGAUGGAAGAUUUCUGUAAAGAAGAGAUUGGAAAGAUAUCUGAGAAAGUUUCAUUUUUAGAAAUGAUUCCCACCAAUGAACCCAAGAUCAGAGCAGAGUUCCUACAGUAUUUCGGGCUCUUCUCUCUGGAUCCACACACAGCACACAGAUUUAUCUGUCUGUCUGAGGAGAACAGAGCGGCUUCUUACACUGACACAGAUCAGCGGCAUCCUGAUUCUGAUCCUGUACCUGAUCACCCAGACAGAUUUGAUUAUUAUUAUCAGGUGUUGUGUAGAGAGAGUUUAUGUGGACGCUGUUAUUGGGAGAUUGAGUGGAGUGGGGAUGAUGGUGUGUUUAUAUCAGUGUCAUAUAAGAGCAUCAGCAGGGAGGGGAGAGGUGACGAGUGUUUAUUUGGAUUUAAUGAUCAGUCCUGGAGAUUGUUCUGUUCUCCCUCUGAAUUCUCAUUCUGGCACAAUAAGAUAAAGACAAAACUCCCUGUAGUGUCCAGUUCUUCUAGAAUAGGAGUUUAUGUGGAUCACAGUUCAGGAUCUCUGUCCUUCUACAGCGUCUCUGACACAAUGACCCUCAUCCACAGAGUCAACACCACAUUCACUAAACCUCUCUAUCCUGGGGUUGGGUUAUAUUCAGACUCAACAGUCAAACUGUGUCUAGCAUGUGAUGGAGAUGUUUUACGUAGACCUACUACAAGAAGAAUUGGUCAAAAGAGUAAACUGAAAACAAUUUGGAAUAGUAUUUACUUGAAAAUAGAUAAGAAACCAUUUUCACUCAGAAAACACUAGUUAAUUUAAAAUAAUUGUCAAGGCUAAACACAAUUAUCAACAGUUUUAACUAGAA